AGACGACAAAGCACUCAGUAGCCAGCCACUUUUUCACUCCAACACACCACCCGGUACCGUAACGAACGAAUUUUCACGAUGGCUACUCCAACUCAAUCUGUUCAGUGUUUCGGCAAGAAGAAGACGGCAACCGCUGUCGCUCACUGCAAGAAGGGUCGCGGACUCGUCAAGGUCAACGGCUCCCCCCUCAACCUCGUCAAGCCCGAGAUCCUCCGUUUUAAGGUCUAUGAGCCUCUCUUGAUCGUCGGUCUCGAUAGAUUCGCCGAAGUCGAUAUCCGCGUCCGUGUCUCUGGAGGUGGCCACACUUCGCAAGUCUACGCUAUCCGCCAGGCUAUCGCUAAAUCAAUUGUUGCCUACUACCAGAAGUUUGUCGACGAGCACAGCAAGAACCAGUUGAAGCAGGCCCUCAUCACAUACGACCGUUCGCUGCUUGUUGCUGAUAACAGGCGAUGUGAGCCAAAGAAGUUUGGUGGUCCAGGUGCUAGAGCAAGAUACCAGAAAUCUUACCGUUAAAUGGUAUCCGGCUUGGGGAUAUGGCUCAUUGGGGUUUCUUGUAUCAAUUUAUUCUUAAAUAAAGACCCUGCGCUGGGUAAGGGACUAAAAAAA